CAAAGACCUGCAGUUCCCGUUUUCGCCAGCUCUCCUGGCUGAGAUUGGAACAGCCAGCGAUGAAACGAGCACGACGAGUGGGAUCAUACGAGCCUCCGCCCAGCAAGCUGCGGAAAGCAGGAAUUCCACAUAAACAACGGCUGAAGACAUGACGGAUAAUAUCGCUUUACAGCCCGUCAGACACAAAAAGAGACACGAAAACAAACACAGAAACAGUUGCUGCCCCUGGUCGCGAUGUUGUGGGAUGGGGGAUUUCAAACCUCGGACAGUCUGGCUGGGUCAUCCAGAGAAAAGAGACCAGAGAUACCCUCGCAAUGUCAUCAACAAUCAGAAAUACAACUUCUUCACAUUCCUCCCUGGGGUAUUGUUCAAUCAGUUCAAGUACUUCUUUAACCUGUACUUCCUCCUACUGGCCUGCUCCCAGUUUGUUCCUGAAUUGAGACUGGGAGCUCUCUAUACGUACUGGGUUCCUCUGGGCUUUGUGCUGAUCAUCACAAUCGGGCGUGAGGCAGUGGAGGAGAUCCGAUGUUUAAUCAGGGACAAGGAAGUAAACUCCCAGAUCUACAGCAAGCUUUCUACAAGAGGCACUGUGAAGGUCAAGAGCAGCGGUAUUCAAGUUGGAGAUCUGAUUAUUGUAGAAAAGAAUCAACGAGUUCCUGCUGAUAUGAUCUUUCUGAGGACGUCGGAAAGAAAUGGGUCUUGUUUCUUACGCACGGAUCAGCUGGACGGUGAGACUGACUGGAAGCUGAGGUUACCGGUGGCUUGCACUCAAAGGCUACCCACAGCAGCUGACCUUCUCCAGAUCCGCUCAUAUGUUUAUGCAGAGGAGCCAAAUCUCGACAUUCACAAUUUCAUUGGGACCUUCACCAGAGAGGAUGGAGACCCUCCAGUGAAUGAGAGUCUCAGUAUUGAGAACGCCCUGUGGGCCAGCACGGUGAUUGCCUCUGGUACGGUUGUGGGAGUGGUCAUUUACACAGGCAAGGAGCUGCGUAGUGUGAUGAACACGUCAAACCCCAGAAACAAGAUUGGCCUGUUUGACCUGGAAGUGAACUGCUUGACGAAGAUCCUGUUUGGCGCGCUGGUGGUGGUCUCUCUGGUCAUGGUGGCCCUGCAGCACUUCGCGGGACGUUGGUACCUCCAGAUCCUUCGCUUCAUUCUCCUCUUCUCAAACAUUGUUCCCAUCAGUUUACGAGUGAACCUGGACAUGGGAAAGAUGGUCUACAGCUGGAUGAUCCGUCGGGAUUCCAAGAUUCCUGGGACUGUGGUGAAAGCCAGCACCAUUCCUGAGCAGCUGGGGAGGAUCUCCUAUCUCCUGACAGAUAAAACAGGGACCCUCACUCAGAACGAGAUGGUGUUUAGACGUCUCCACCUGGGGACUGUGGCGUAUGGAAUGGAUUCAAUGGACGAAGUGCAAAGCCAUGUUUUCAGUGCGUACACACAGCCUUCGCAUGAUCUGCCAGCUUCCAGAGCCCCGGCAGCUACGAAAGUGCGGAAAAGCAUCAGCAGUCGGGUUCACGACGCGGUGAAAGCCAUCGCCCUGUGCCACAACGUCACCCCUGUGUACGAGUCCAACGGUGUCACUGACCAGGCUGAAGCAGAGCAGCACUAUGAAGAUGCCUGCAGGGUCUACCAGGCCUCCAGCCCAGACGAGGUGGCCCUGGUACAGUGGACUGAGAGUGUGGGUCUAACACUUGUAGGCCGGGAUCAGGCCUCCAUGCAGCUGAGAACCCCCGGUGGCCAGAUUUUGAAUUUCACCAUCCUGCAGAUUUUCCCCUUCACCUAUGAAAGCAGACGCAUGGGAGUUAUUGUCAGGGAUGAUUCCAGCGGAGAGAUCUCUUUUUACAUGAAGGGGGCUGACGUUGUCAUGGCUGGCAUUGUUCAGUACAACGACUGGCUGGAAGAGGAGUGCGGCAACAUGGCGAGAGAAGGACUCCGAGUUUUGGUGGUGGCGAAGAAAUCGCUAUCUGAAGAGCAGUAUCAGGAUUUUGAGGCCCGGUAUGUUCAGGCCAAGCUGAGUGUGCACGACCGCUCUCUGAAGGUUGCCACGGUGAUCGAGAGCCUGGAGAUGGAGAUGGAGCUGCUGUGUCUGACUGGGGUGGAGGACCAGCUACAGACAGACGUGAGACCCACCCUGGAGAUCCUGCGCAACGCUGGCAUCAAGGUAUGGAUGCUGACAGGGGACAAACUUGAAACGGCAACCUGUACUGCAAAGAAUGCACAUCUCGUUACCAGGACCCAAGAUAUUCAUCUAUUCAGACAAGUGACCACACGAGGUGAAGCCCAUUUGGAGCUGAAUGCCUUCCGAAGAAAGCAUGAUUGUGCCCUGGUUAUAUCAGGUGACUCUCUAGAGGUUUGUCUGAAGUUCUACGAGUAUGAAUUCAUGGAGCUGGCCUGUCAGUGCCCCACUGUGGUUUGCUGCCGAUGUGCCCCCACUCAGAAGGCCCAGAUUGUCAGACUGCUGCAGGAGCGCACUGGCAAGCUCACCUGUGCAGUCGGGGAUGGAGGAAAUGAUGUCAGUAUGAUCCAGGAAGCAGACUGUGGAGUUGGAGUGGAAGGCAAAGAAGGAAAGCAGGCAUCCUUGGCUGCUGAUUUUUCAGUCACUGAGUUCAAACACGUGGGCAGGUUGCUGAUGGUCCAUGGGAGAAACAGCUACAAGAGAUCAGCCGCCCUCAGUCAGUUUGUGAUCCACAGGAGUCUCUGCAUCAGUACAAUGCAGGCUGUCUUUUCUUCAGUCUUCUACUUUGCCUCAAUUCCUCUGUACCAAGGUUUCCUCAUUAUAGGGUACUCCACUCUGUACACCAUGUUCCCAGUAUUCUCCCUGGUUUUAGACAAGGAUGUCAAGUCAGAGGUGGCCAUGUUGUAUCCUGAGCUCUACAAGGACCUUCUGAAGGGUCGUCCUCUUUCUUUCAAGACAUUUUUACUGUGGGUUUUAAUAAGCAUUUAUCAAGGCAGUAUUAUAAUGUACGGAGCGCUGCUCCUGUUUGAGUCGGAGUUUGUCCACAUUGUUGCCAUCUCCUUCACCUCUCUGAUCCUCACGGAGCUGCUGAUGGUGGCUCUGACCAUCCAGACCUGGCACUGGCUCAUGAUCGUGGCAGAGCUGCUCAGCCUGGCCUGCUACAUCGCCUCCCUCGUCUUCUUGCACGAAUUCAUCGAUGUCUACUUUCUCGCCACGUUGUCGUUUCUGUGGAAGGUGACUGUCAUCACUCUUGUGAGCUGUCUACCUCUUUACAUCCUGAAAUACCUGCGAAGAAGAUUCUCUCCUCCGAGCUACUCCAAGCUUACCUCAUAAACACUGACCCAGCACUGAGUACUGAUUUUACGAGAAGGUAAAGCCCAUGGUCUCGUUGGAACCGACAGUGCUAUAAUAAUCAUGCAUUGGUGAUCUUCAAAGUGUGGUUUCAGAUUUACAGUAAAUGGAAUAUGCAAACACACUAAUGUUCGGCCCUGCUGCAUCUGAAUAAUAUAUAAUAGCUAUGUGAUGUCUUGUGCCAUUUUUAUACACGCCUGUGUGCCCAAUGUGAUGCAUACAAUAAAAGCUGCUAUAUUUAUAACAACGUGAGGUUCAAGGAUAUCUGAGGCUCUAAAUACACUGCCAUGCCUCCGGUUAGCAUUCCCUUAUCACUGUUCCCAUCUCGCUGAUCUAUUAUGUUUUACUUAAGUAUAUUUCUAUUUACCUUGUAUGUUUAGAAGUCUUCGGUGGCUACCUCUCAUCAACUUGAAGCAAUAUUUCUCGCACUCUUUGCUGUGUCAGGCCUGUCUGUCAUGCAACUUGAUUUGAGGUAGCCACGGAACAUAUUUUGAAGCAUAUUUAUUAGUCACUCAAUCUAAAUAUUAAACAGAAGAACCCCCUGAUAUUAGCAUACUUCAUCUGGGUUUUGUAUAGAACCUGUUGUGGUUUAAACAUUUGCAACGCUUUGUGGUUGUCAGAGUGUGAGAUCUACACUCUCAGUGAUAUUGUAAGUGGAGUUGCUACUCAUGGGGAUUUGACUGACAACAGCUAAUAAGUGGCAAGAAAAUUGAUUUUAAAGCCUUGGUUAUCACCUAAAGAGCAGCUUGGUGUGGAGAUGAAAUAUCAUGCUCUAUUCUGUUUUUUUGUUUAGAUUCCCUUUGUGUAUCAUUUCCGUUUUCAGUCGUCGCAGCUCAGAAGUUUAAUUGUGUUUAAUUGUGGCCUCAGCAGAGCUCUCAGACAUGGCUUCUCUCUAAAUGUAACCACUAACCUGCCUUGUCAUUUGUGUGAAUCGAAACAAGAAGGAAACGACACUAAGACAGCUGGGAUAUCUCACACCCUACUAAGUUGCUCUUUAAGAGAUCUUUACAGCUGUGGCAUUCAAGUUUAUACACUGAUGCACAGUAGGUUGGUGGGUUCAGCAGUACUCUGUUUACAUACAGAACAAAUUAAACAAAUCCCUUGCCUCUCCACACUAUGAACUAUAUUGAAUGUGAUUGUUCAAGGGCCAGCAGAACCCGUUCCGCUGAAGAAUCGGUUGCUAUGUAGACAGACGGGCGUCGUGAUGUCACAGUUUAACUGAUUUUAAAACUGAAUGCUGGUGUGUUGCAUUAUGUAACAAACUUUAACACUUAACAAAGUUAUACAGUUGUCUACUUCUGUUACUUUCCGUUGCUUCCUGAAACAGACUCAUCGUUGUGCUUUUGUUUAGUUUUAAAAUAAACUUGUGUUUUGGUUGGUGAAAAUUGGAAUGUCAUGGUUUUGAAUCGGGGCAGAAGCUGCAUAGUUUUCUGUGAUUUUUCUUUAGGCAGCCUGAAGCCUUCUUUCAUGAUGUAAGCACGGUUAAACUAAAAGGUACAUAUCAUUUUAAUAUUUAUUUAUUUAUUUGUUUUGGUUUUGAUUUAUUUUAUGUUCCAUUAAUAACAAUACACUUACAAAUAAACUACUUAAAUUCAGCUUGGUGUUCAUGAAUAACUGGAAUGUACUCUUAAUGCAUAUUUAUUGUAUAAGAAUUUAGUUACUAAGUCAUUUCCAUAUAUUGUUUUUAGAUCAAAUAAAUUGCUAUCCUUUGUUUUACCUUGUAUGGAGUUUUCAAUGACAUUAAAGAGGUUCUUGAGUUCUGUAUUGAGAUUUCAUUAUUUUCUACAGUGCCUUGCUUUGACCUUACUAGAAGAAGUAUAUGCGCAUGGCCAUUGUCUUUACUUCCUGAUUCCGGAACUGUGCAACUUUGUGACCUUUUGACUCUUGGCUCCGCCUACCACAGAACAGGCGGAGCCAGGUUAUAAAGGUAGCAUUCUAGCAAAGGCAAUGGCCAAGGAACUAGGAUUCUUCAAGCAAGGUGAAAGUCGGGGAGAAACAUUUUAUAAAUCUUUUAAUACAGAGCUACACCCACCGUGCAUGUCCGUAGAGAGAAGCAAUGGGUUUGUUGUAAAAAAUACACUGUGUGCUUUGAUCAGUCUCAAAGGUCUAAACAGAAUCAACUUUGGAUCGGGACACUGUUUUGUUAGACAGCACUAGAGUAGUCUAGAGAGCACCUCCACUGUCAUCUCACUAUUAGUGCUUGAAUAUGUGGAUGGACAGUCCAUCUCAGUGCCACUUUCUACAAGUAUUUUAACAGUUUGAUUGAUUGUCACAAUAGUUUACACUGAACAGACACUCCCAUGUGUUUGUAUCAUGUUAAAAACAUGUACCAUAAACUAUUAAACUGAACUAUUAACACUGUCAAUCGCUAUUAAACUGAACUAUUAACACUGUCAGUCUUGAUCGACCGUGGUUUAUAACUUUCAGACUAUGUUUAGUAUGUGGGGUAAACUCACUAUGAAACAACCAUAGUCAGCAAUGGCACCAUAGUUUACCCUAGAUCUGAGUCUGUAACUGUUUAGUGGUCAAAGCAUGUAAGAAUUCCAAAUUUCAUGUACCGAUCAUGUAAAAUAAACGUGGUACAUUUUAAAUGCCUUCCGUGGUGAACCAAUGUCAUUGUAACUUAAGAGUGAUCCAUAAGGGGCUCCCGAGUGGCACAUCCAGUAAAAGCACUCGCUAGAGUGCAGGAUGCGCUCUAUAGCUUGGAAGUCGCGAGUUCGAGUCCAGGCUAUUCCACAGCCGACCGUGGACGGGAGCUCCCAGGGGGCAGCGCUCAAUUGGCCGAGCGUCGCCCGGGGGGAGGGAGGGUUAGGUCGGCCAGGGUGUUCUCGGCUCACCGCGCACCAGCAACCCCUGUAGUCUGACCGGGCGCCUGCGGGCUUGCCUGUAAGCUGCCCAGAGCUGCGUUGUCCUCUGAGGCGGCUGCACAGUGAGUCUGCAGAGUGUAAAGAAGCGGGCGGCUGACGGCACACGCUUCGGAGGACAGCGUGUGUUCAUCUUCGCCCCUCCCGAGUCACCGCAGGGGUGGUAGCGGUGAGCUGAGCCUAAAAAUAAUUGGGCAUUUCAAAUUGGGGAGAAAAUAAUAAAAACUAAUUGGCAAUGACUAAAUUAUUAAAAAAAAAAAAAAGUGUUAUCCAUAAAAGGGAAAUGCUUUUAGCCAAAUCCAAUCUGGUACAUUUAUUUUUCUAUUAAUGUUUUUCAUUCCGGUCUUUCCGAGCACUUGUUUUAAAACACUUUUUCUAACACUUGCUGGCUCUUAUUUUUCUGGGUAUUGCUGGUCCACUUUGACCAACACAGUGCUGUUUAAGCGAGGAGGGGGAAACAAAUCUGUUCUUGGACAAGGGGUCCCAAUUGCCUGUCCUCUAUAUGUGAAUGAAGCACAGGAAUGACACAGUACUGAGUGCCAGUGGAAACUCAGCAACCAAACAGAACAGUUUCUCAACAGAUAAAUACAAAAUAUAAACUAGCUCCAUAACAACCCCCUUUUUUAAAAGAUGCAGGACUUGGUUCAGAAAGGGGAGGCUCCCUAGAGAUGUACCAGUAAGGUAACAGCAGCACUCCUUGUCCAUAUAUUGUUCAUUGAUUGGGUGUAUGUGUUCAGAAAUGUUGUACUGAAGUCUAAAGUUCAAACACGUCUGGAUGACUGUGUUUCCUGUGAUGCCCAGUUUUUUUGUACCCCUGCUGUGAAGUGAUCAGACCAGAUGUACAUAUUCUUUUCAAAGCUUGGUUAAUUUUUCUCCUUGUGUUGAUGGAUGUUCCACACCAAACGUUUGAAGAACAAAAAAAGGGAAAGGUUGUAUUAAUGAAUAACAAUUAUAAAAUAAAUGAAGUUGUUUCUUGCAAUAUGAUCUGCCUCUUGAUUUAUUUGUUUUUGAUGCGCUGUGUAUUUUAUCAUAUGUUAUUUUUAUAUCAUUUGUAAUUAUGCACGAUAUCAAUAACUUGUCGUGUGUUCCUGGUUUUGUAACUUUCAUUGGUGCAGACUGGCAUAAAGUUCUACUCCUAUAUGCUUCAGAAGUAAUGUUAGCUACACCUACAGUAACAUUUACAGUAUCAUCUGGCAUUAUUACUAUUGUAGGUAUCUAAGAUUGACAGCAUGUAGUUAGCAUAUAUAUAGUACUGUGUAUAUCAGUUAUUUCCUAUGUAUUGUUAUAAUUGCUGAAUUAAUAAAGGAGAGCACACGUUGUAAAACCUGUGUCUUACCUCUCAUCAAUAUUA